AUGGGCUUCCUUCAGCUCUUCAAGCAUCUUGGUUCACCCAAGUUUGCCGAAAAACCAACGAUGGGCGUCCAGUCAUUGCCGACUGAGCUCCUAGAAGCUAUUCUCGCGCUACUGGAUUUCCAAACGCUCCUCCUAGCCCAACGAGUCUGCCGGCAAUGGGCUAACUGCAUCCAAGAAUCCCCCAUAAUUCAACAGAUGCUUUUCUUCCAACCAGCAUCUACAAACACAUCCCGCCAACAAAACACAUUCCUCGCAUCAAAAUUCCCCUACUGGUUCCCCGCCGAUACACCUAAGUCUUGCAAGACUUCCUUCGGCGCAGACGAUAUACAAGAUUUCCUCAACAACAGCGACGUAUAUAAACGGCCAGAGGCGAGUUGGCGUAGAAUGCUAGUCCAGCAACCGCCAAUUAUGGUGCUGGGGUGGGUAGAGCGCAGUAUCGCGCCCGACGAUAUGGUAGAGCUACACCGGUGGGAAAUCCCGCUCCAAGCAUUCGUCGGACUGCGAAUGAACAUGCUCUACGACCUUGUCGUCAAAAAGGCCGAGGUUGCGCAACCAUAUUUCUACUUCAGGGUGUUAUGGUCCCAGUAUGAGACUUUUGAAAAUAAUAUGGUCUCCCUCAAGUCGGAUCCGGAUCCUUCAAUUUAUGGAGGGAGGAUCGCGGCACCACUUAAGAGAGCUAUGCGGGGUGCUGAUAUUGUUGUUGAUAUGUGGCAUGCGAGUCACUUGCCCUCUCACAUUUCGCAUCAGCGGAGGGAAGAUACGUGGACUUGGAGUCUGGUGCGAGGCCUUGCGGCAACGGGGGAUUCGGAGGUUGAGCUGGUGCAUGACAUGAGAGAAUUAAAGGAGGUUAAUGGGUGGUGUUUGGCGAGUGAUUUUCCUGCUGGAAUCGAACGCUAUAUGAUGGAAUUACCAGAAGGGUGUAGUCGUGCCAUGCCGUUGCCUGAUGACGGUAACUCGGAUCUAUGA